ACACGAGACAGUUGGCGAAAUAACAGGGCUUCAAAACCAACUUUCUAUGGCCAUCGAAAGGACGUAGCAGCAAAUGGGUAAUCAAGAGUCGUCCACAAGUGAAGGUGAGGUUGCUGAGAGGGACGAACGAAAGAGCCAACAGCGGGAUGGCAAUAACCACGAAUCUGAGGAAGACGAAAAGCCGGUGUUAUUACAGGACAAUCAAACAAACAAUUUAGAAUACUUAAGCUACGACGAUAUCUACUUGGAGGAAGAUGAGGAUAUCGUCAAGUUGGACGAAGCUGAUGAAGAAGAGUCAGACGAGGAAAUGGCGCCGUCAAUCUUCCCGUCGUCGGCCAGUAGCAUAUCGCACGUUCCGGCUUUCGCCGCCCGUUUGAUAAUGGGGAUAUCGUACGUACAACAACAAGCCACCUUGCACAUAGAACUGGGGGGAACCACGGAAGUGCCGGGUAGAGGUCAAGGCGGUGCGCGCGCCUAUCAGGCAAUGCUGGUGAACGUUUUGAAUGAUGACCCAGUAUGGCUUACAUCAAAAAUGCGAAGUGGACCAAAUCCGGCAUUUGAUGACAACUGGGAGGUGAAACUCGCAAAAAUUCAGCUUCCCCGGACAGUAAUAGAAUGUCAACUUUAUGGGUGUACCAACGGCCAAAGGGAGCGACUCUGCAGUGAAGGCUCAGUUUCUUUAUCCGAAAUCAACCCUCGCAUUAAAAACCAAAUGAUUGUACGACUUCAUCCAAGAUUUGUUGCAGCUUCGGUGCGCACUGCACAGUCCAUAGAUCAUGAAACCGUAGACUAUGACGCGUGGACGGAAGUAACCGAGAGUUCCCGCUAUACAAAAACAAUGUCAGAUACUUCAUCUGAAACUGAAACAAUGAUGACUCGUCCCCAGAGCCUAGUGCAGCAGCAACCGGGCAGGGUCCAAUUCACCAAUGAAAAUAAGGUCAGGGAGACGCCAACUGAGGUACAUCGUCAACCCACCUCAGCAGAGAUACUACUCAACGCGUCGUACAAUGCUACUACCGGAAAAUUCGAGUGUUCAAUUCAAAAGGCUCAUGGAUUGUAUCGACCUGGGCGGUCGGCAAAAGCACCUUCCUGUUACGUCCAAAUCACAUUUAGCGACAAUGAAGGUAAAGAGAUUGCUCAGGGGAUCACACAGACUGUGAAACGCACAACAACCCCUGUGUUCCACGAAGUACUCGUAUUCAAUGUGGCACAACACCUUACUGGUGAAGUGACCAUGCAACUCACCGUCUAUCACAAACAGACAACAGGAAAGAAACAAGGAAUCGGACUGAUACUCAUGGGCAAACGAAACAGUUCGGAAACGGAGAAAGAACACUGGGAAGAGAUUAUCGACGGCCACGGACAGCGGAUAGCCAGAUGGCAUAAAUUGUAUCUGGCCUAACGAAGGUGAUUGGCAGAGGACGUGUGUUUUCGAUAAAACAUGUAUAAAUCAG